AUGGUCGAAAAUAUAGAGACAGUAGUACUAUGCGCAAAUUCAAAGAGCAAAUUAAUUAUUGAAAUAUGUGAAGGCUAUAUAAAAAAUUGGAUUCUAUUUCCCUUCAAUGGAGUCGAAAAAAUCCUAACUGAAUAUAAUUGGUUCAGCAAAAUAAUAAGGAAAAUCGAUGAAUUAAAUGUUGAAAAAGAAAAGAUUAAUGUCGAAUACAUAGAAUCUUUGGAAAUAAAAAGAGAAGGUGCUCAUGUUUUAAUGAACACUGUGAUAGAUCAUGUUACAAACACAGGAAUAAGUAUUGGAACGGUUUUUAUAACUUUUUCAAUAUUAAUAAUUUUGUUUAUUUUGUAUAAGUAUACCAAAUAUUUUUCCUUUUUAAAACGAAGGCUACGGAUUUUAAGAAGAGCGUUGAAUAAAUAUAAUAAGAACAACCUGGAUCUCAUUGGAACAAUUGAUUUUGAAUACAAAAAUUCAGUAGAUGAUAGAUAUAUAAUAGCAUAUAGUUAA